AUGGUGCUACUACCGAAACCGUUUUUGAAGAAGCGUAGCGGUAUUUCGGGACGACUGAUGGAAAAAAUACAUUACCCAAUAAAUAUAAACGCCACAGAGCAGCAGUCAACUUCGUCAAAUAUUUCAAGCAAUACUCAAAGUCCUGCUAAUGAUAAUGAAGCUCGGGAUUUUAAUCGGCCAUAUACGGCUGGCACGGCUGACAGCGGUUGUCCCGAAGAUGCUUGUUCGGUAGUGCUUAGUCCAAACAGUAACAGAAAAGAUGACGGCAUUGAAUCAGUGGUCAUAGAUGUUACUGAUUGCAGUGACAGCAAUUCAGCAUUUUCAUCUGAAGUUCGGAGCAAUCGCGGUGUACCGUUAAUAAUUCGUGAUUUGAGUAGUUUUUCAACGAACGAAGCUAACAUCGCCUCUGCAAUGUCGGGAAAUUUUGGUAAUGACGACCGUAUCGUGCAAAAAGAUAUUGAAUUUUUUCAACUGUACUUCAUUCUUACCAUUGUAAAAUUGUGCCAACUUAUGCACUGUAUACCAAUGUGUGUAAAUUAUCGUUUAUAUCCAUCUGAUCAAAGUGACUUGAUUUCAGUAUCUACCAGCACAUCAGUAGAAAGCUCGAUUGCCGGAAAUCUUGAACCUCAAAUACACAAUGUGAUUUCGCCAGGAAUAUCCGAGAACUCUCAGGACACUGAUGGCACAAGAUCGCGUCACUGGCGACAAGUUAUCCGAGAGUUUGCAUCGGAAGCCGAUCAGAAAAUGUUAUCAGCUGUUAUUUUUUAUCUUCCCUCUCAAUUAUGUUUUAAUAACAAAACUGUUUCAGGACACCGAAAGUCACAUAUCGCACAAGAAAAAUUACCGUCCACUUCUAGUGAGAAAGCAGACGGCGGUAUUUACGCUCAUGUAAAGAAAGUUGGAAACAACACGGAAAGAGUGAAUACUGUAUUAUUAGAAAAAUCUUUGGAAAACCUGACUCCAGAGCAUAUUCCGAGAGAAAAGAAAAUGCAGCAAAAUGUCAAAAUUAAUAUGACGGAACGAAAUCUUGCAAAACAGUUAAGGGAUCUCAUUGCUCAUGUAGAUCUUGCAAGGGAGUAUCGCCAUCACCAAUAUGAAAGACUGGAAGAAGUUUUCGAUCAAGCAUUACAAGAAAAAGAAUAUUUUCGUCAACAAGUGAAGGAAUUGAAAAAGCGUGUUGUGCAGUUGGAAGAGGAUAAGCAAGCGCAGCAAGAAAAUCUUGCUAUAAGAGAAGAGGAGGAGAAAAUACGCAGUGCCGAUUUUGAACGUUUGAAACGAGAAAAUGCUAUUCUGAGUCGACAGCAAAAGCAGAAAGGUGGUAGUGAUACCGCUCUGGUAAAUCUGCUUAAGGAACAGAUAAGCGAUCUUCGUGUAAUGAUGCGGGAUUUUGAUCGGCAACGCAGUGAAUUGAGAGCGCAAAUCAGAAAAAGCAAUGCAGUUCUAAAAGAAAAAAAUGAUACCAUUGAGCAGCUGAAAGGCGAAAAGGCACGCUUGGAAAAACGAAUUACAAUCAUCACGAAAAGCAAAGCAGCUCUUCGAGGUCGUUUAGCUGAAAAUGCUCUUUCUGCUCAGGCGAUUGCUAGAGCUUCAAAGAAUGCAACUGUUACAACAUCUACAAAAGAUUUGACUCCUCAGAAUAACGGGUUUUUCAUGACGAAUACAACAGGCAACGGAAGGCAUACCAUUCAGAAUGCUACAAGUAGGAUGCAAAACACUGUAAAUAUUGUCGAAAAUACAGACACACUAAGCGAUAAUGAAGAUACCGUAAUUGCUGAACAAGAAGUAACGCCAGCGCGUUUGGGAAAGAAUGUUCGGUGGAACGAACCUCUUGCAACAAUGGCUUCAUUUUCUCCACCACCUUUUGCGCAUUCUCCUCUAAAUCUUGCAAAUUCUGAUAUGCAAUUAGUUCUAACUGAAAAUAAUAUGGUUGGAAGAGCAUCGUUGUACCGCAGUGAGAAAGAUUUUACUGUUUACACUGUAACUCAUUGUGGUUGUCACUUUUAUGAAUAUAGCAACACAGAUACUCGUUGGAUACAUUCAAGCAAACUUUAUCAGGUAAAUUAUUAUGGACAAGCAGGUGCAACCACUGUUGAAAUACGUGAAGGGAAGUUGCUUAUUCGACAUUUUUUAACUGGUCAGCUGGAAAUUUAUCGCGGAAGUGGUGAAACUACCUUAAUGACACCCGAUGGACGUCGCAUAGAGAUUAUAAGAGAUAAAUCAGGAUCUGUGCGCGUCGAAGUCUAUGAAUUGGAUGGCAGAGUUCGGGUCAGAGGACGUGACGAAGCAGAAACAGUGCAUCGAGCAACACAAACUUCAUGCCAUCGUAUGGAUGGUUCCUAUGCUAGUCAUAUUUCUAGCGAUGAUUCGAUGGAAUGGCGUUCGCCAGAUUAUACGGUACAUCGGUUUAAGAAUGGUGACACAAAGGUGCGUUUAAAUUUAAUUGAUACUAGUGUCACGAUGCUCGUCAUGGAUGUUGGCACAGUGAAGCAUUUAUCAAAUCCACUGGAUAGACGACUUCCAAAAUAUUGCGUUGAGUGGGGCACUGUUGCUAGAAAAAGAUCCAGAGUUAUUGCUGCCAACCAGUCUCGUGUACUUAACCAGUUGUAA